CGGGGCAGGGCGGCCGCCGCCGCCAUGAGCUCCGCGGCGCCGCCGGGCCCGCGGCUCUGCUGCCUGGAGAAGGGCCCCAACGGCUACGGCUUCCACCUGCACGGCGAGAAGGGCAAGCCGGGCCAGUUCAUCCGGCUCGUGGAGGCGGGCUCGCCGGCCGAGCGCUCGGGGCUGCGCGCCGGCGACCGGCUGCUGGAGGUGGACGGCGACAACGUGGAGGCGGAGAGCCACCAGCAGGUGGUGGAGCGGAUCCGCGGCGCGGCCGGCGCCGUGCGCCUGCUCGUGGUGGAGCCGGCGGGCGGCGAGCAGCGGCCCGGCGCGGGCGGCCCCGGCCGCGAGCAGCCGGCGGGCGGCGGCGGCGAGGCGGCGCCGGCGGAGCCCCCGCGGCAGGAGCGGAGCGCGGCGGCCGAGCGGGAGGAGCUGCGCCCUCGGCUCUGCCACAUGAAGAAGGGCCCCAACGGCUACGGCUUCAACCUGCACAGCGACAAGAGCCGCCCGGGCCAGUACGUGCGGGCCGUGGACCCGGAGUCGCCGGCGGAGGCGGCGGGGCUCUUGCCGCAGGACCGCGUCGUUGAGGUGAACGGCGUGUGCGUGGAGGGCAAGCAGCACGCGGACGUCGUGGCGGCCAUCAAGGCGGGCGGCGACGAGACGAAGCUGCUGGUGGUGGACGUCCUCACGGACGAGUUCUUCAAGAAGUGCAAGGUGGUGCCCUCGGAGGCCCACCUGGCAGGUCCCUUGCCGGAGCCGGUUGCCAACGGUGACGUGGGGAAGGAGAACGCCGCGGAGCCGCGGCCCCCCUCCGUGUCCGACGGCCCCUGCAGCCCCGGGCCGCUGGCCGCGUACCCCAGCCUGAGCGAGACGCACGGCGAGCCGGACUCCCAGGAGGACGAGAAGGGCGACUCGGCGCCCGGCUCCCUCCUGGACCUCGACAUCCCGCUGGCCGUGGCCAAGGAGCGCGCGCACCAGAAACGCACCAGCAAGCGGGCGCCCCAGAUGGACUGGAGCAAGAAAAACGAACUGUUCAGCAACCUGUGACGGCCGCGGCGCUGGGGGGGGGGGGCGGCGCGGGCACCUCCCCGUGGGGGCUCCCCCCACCCCUGCCCCCCAGCCCCGGGGCGGUUCGGGGCCCCCCGGGCGCUCCGCCGGCUCUGCUCGGAGCCCCGCCAACCCCGGUAGGUGUAAGCGGAGCUUGGGGGGGGGGGGGAGCGGUGAUUGGGGGUGACCCAACCCCACGCCCGACACUUCUUGGGGUCUCGCUUCCUCCUUUUUGCCCCUCCUCCCCCCAAAGCCAUCUCUGUUAGAGCCCCCCCCUCCCCCACGAGCUCUGCAUUGCUGCCUUAGGCUUUUUUAGGCAUCUCUUAGCCGUCCCCCUCUAGCCGAGGACCAAAUGUGAUUGCUUGCAGGAAUUGGUGCUUUUGCCCCCCGCCCGCCCGUGCAGGGUGGCGGCUGCAGGCCCCCCCGGCGCCCCCCGGGAAGGGGGAGCGUCCGGACCUGGCACCGCAAGCAAUAACGAUGGCGAUGCCCGCUGCUGCCCGGAGGCAGCGCCGAUCAGGGUUUCAGUCCGAUGAUGCUUAAUUUAAAAGCUUCUCCAAUAGACUCCGUCUAUUAUUUUUUUUCUGAAAUAGGUUUUCCAAUCACACCAGGGUCUUUCUUUUUUUUUUUUAAUAUAUUUUGUGGAAAUUUUCCUGUGGAUGUUUUAUUCCAUGUUUUGUGAUCAGGUAUUGUACUGUUGAGCUCGAGAAAUUCUAUUUACUGGAAUAAACCUUUCUGACUUCA